UCUGACUUCCACCUCCGCUCCAUGCUGUGGCAGCUCUGGAUGGUACGGCACAGCCGACGCCUACAGCAGAGGUCCCUGAGCCUGCCAGGAUUCCCUGCCAGAGUCAAUGGAUAAACAAGCUCCCACAGUGAUUCCCAGCAGUGUUACUGGAAAAGUCUCUCGAUGGCAGAACCUAGGACCUGCCCAGCCUGCACAGAAAGUGGCCCAGCCCCAGCAUCUGGUUCCAGAUAGGCGGCUUGAAAAAGCCCUGGAGGGAAGUGGCCUGCUGCAGAAGUUGGGUGGCUUUCACAUAAUCAUUGCUUUGGCACACCUGGCCUUUGGUUCUUACCUGGUCUUCAGAGUCAAGAAUCUACACUUGGUGGUGGUGAAGUGCUGGUAUCCACUCUGGGGAACUCUCUCUUUUCUCAUUUCAGGGAUCUUGACCAUAACAGCAGUGACAUUCCCUAAGACCUAUCUGAAGAGUCUGUGUGUGACAGCAAACAUCAUGAGCCUGUUCUGCGCACUGGCUGGCUUCUUCGUCAUCGCCAAGGACCUCUUUCUGGAGAGUCCUUUUCCAUGGCCAAUCUGGAGACCAUACCCCACCUCCACAACCUACAUCCAAAGACUAGAGCUGACUCUGUUCUGCCUCAACUUCCUGGAGAUCUUCCUGUCGGGACCUACAGCCAUCACAGCCUGUAGGAUGAAACGCCUGCGUGCAGAGGACAAGGAUGACACCCCUCUCGUUCCUGACACACCUGUGGAACCUAAAGGCCUGCAACUGGAGCCACCACCAUCCUAUGAAGAUGUGACGCAAGAUGAACACUGUAUCUCUGCAGUACCAAGUUCAUCCCCACCUCCCAUCGGCUGGAUUAUGGUGAUGACACAGAUGUGACUUUCACAAAUAAAUGCACAACUACUACAAAGAGAAA